CCGCGGGCCAGAUGCUCGACGCUGCGGCACGACCGCUGCUGCUCGACGCCGGCGCCGGCAAGAAGGGCACCGAGGCGGCGCUGGCUGCGCUCAAGCAGCCGCCGCCUGCGCCAGCACCCGCUGCGCCGGCAGCCGCAGCGCCGCAGGAGAAGCCAAAGAAGCCCACAGCCAGCAAGGCGAGCCUGGCCGAGCGCAAGAAGCAGCGCGAGCUCGACAAGGCAGCCAAGGCCGGCGUGUCCGACGCAGCGCCGGACGACGCGGCGGCAGCACCAGCAGCAGCCGUGGUGGCAGGGUCGGCCGUGCCCUCCUCCACGGCCAUACACGCCACCUCGCAGGAGAGCCGCUUCUGGACCGAGAGCACCACGACAGCGUCGAAGGAGAUCGACCUCAAGGACGUGAAUCUCUUCGUCGGCGAGCGGCAGCUGCUCAACGACGCGCACCUGCGCAUCAAGGCCGGCGUCCACUACGGCUUUGUCGGCGUCAAUGGCUCAGGCAAGAGUACGCUCUUCAAGGCGCUCGCGGACGGGCUCAUCCCCGGCCUGCCGCGUGGCGUCCGCAUCCUGCUUGUCUCGCAGCUUGCUAGCGAGAGCGUCGUGGCAGAUGCACGCCAGCAAGGCGGGCCCGGCCAGUUGUCUGACGCCGAUGAGCCUGCGAACGUCACCGUCCUUGAUGCCGUGCUGCGCAGCGACGCUGUGCGUCUGCGCGCAGAGCAGGAGGCUGCAGGCCUCUCGCGCGUCAUGGACACUGGCGACGGCACUGCGCUGCGCGAAGCGGUCUCGGCCAUCCGCCUUCGCCGCGCACACGACGACCUGGAAGAGGCGCGCAGAGUGGCCAUCAAGCGCAGCGGCGCACGCGGCGCAGACGCUCGCAAGGCUCUCAUCGCAGCCGAGCGGCAUAUCGAGGAGGUGCAGGCCAGUGCGGAUCCAGCGCUCGAGUCCGAUCGCGACUGGCUGGGCGACGCGCUGGCGCUGCAGACCGAAGCGCUGAGCAUCAUGGAGGACCUCGAAGCCUCGACUGCCGCGGGCAGGGCGGAAGCCAUCCUACUCGGGCUCGGGUUCAGCACUGCGCAGCUGCAGGCACCCUUCGCCUCGCUGUCCGGCGGCUGGCGCUCCCGUCUGGCGCUUGCCUCGGCGCUGAUGAAGAGCGCCUCGACGGACGUGUUGCUCCUCGACGAGCCCGUCAAUUAUUUGGACUUGCAGCAGAUGCUGUGGCUCGAGAACUUCAUUCGCGCUGCGCCGUGCGCCGUCAUCACCAUUGCACACGACCGCGAGUUUCUGGACGCACACGGCGUCGCAGACGAGCUCAUCGUGCUGCGCAAGGAGAAGCUGACGUACUUCGACGGCAACCUGACCGAGUACGAGCGCGAGCAGCGCCGAGCGUUCCGGCUGGCGACGCGGCAGCAGGAGGUGCUCGGCAAGAAGAAGGAGGCGGUCGAGAAGACGAUUGAGCAGGCCACGCGUGUGGCAAAGCAGACGGGUGAUGACAAGAAGGCUCGUCUGGCCAAAUCUCGGCAGGAGAAGCUAAAUUCUCGAUGGGGCUUAGAGCAGAAUGCUAAGGGCGGCCGCUUCAAGCUCCAUCGUGACCUCGGAGGCUAUCAUUUCAGUUCGCGCGCGGGUCCCAAAAUCGACGCUCCUGAUCGUGUCGCCCGCUGGUCGUUCCCGAAUCCAGAGCCGAUGCGCUUCCCGGGAGCAGUGUUGCACGCCGAGGACGUCAGCUUCACACAUGCCAAGGCGGCGAAGCCGGUAGUGCGCAACGUGAACAUCACGAUCGAGAAGGGCGACCGCGUUGCGCUCGUAGGUCCCAAUGGCCACGGCAAGACGACGAUUGUGCGCUUGAUGCGUGGCGAGCUCACACCGAGCUCCGGCAUCGUUGAGCCGCACACCCGCCUCCGCCUGGGCUUCUACGACCAGCACACCGUGGCGGCAAUGUCAGACCACUCCGCAGGGCAGCCGGAGCAGACGGCGCUGGCGCACUUCAUGGCGCGCGCUCAGCCGGCCGCGAGCGAGGCAGAGGCGCGCCGGACGCUUGGAAGCAUGGGCCUGUCCGCGCGUGCCGCCGACUCGGUGCCGGUGUCGAAGCUCUCCGGCGGGCAAAAAGUCCGCCUUGGCCUGGCGCUUACUUUCCGGGCGGGUCCAGAGCUGGUUGUGCUCGACGAGUGUACGACGCAUCUGGACAGCGACUCGAUCGAGGCCCUCAUCGACGCGCUGGCGGCAUACACCGGCGCCGUGCUGCUCGUCUCGCACGACCGACACGCAGUCAAGCGCAUCGUGCAGCGCGAGCGCCGCGUCAGCACGCAGGACGAGGACAGCGACUCGAGCGCGGAGAGUGAGUCGGGCGGCGAGGAAGACGAGAAGCGCCGGCCUGGCCGCGUGUUCCUCGUGCGCAACUCGCGCUGCUCGCUGCUCGAGGGCGGCAUCGACGAGUACACGCGGCAGGUGCAGCGCGAGCUAGACUCGAAGAGCCAAUGACACGUGUGCGAGCGUGUUCCGCCGCGUCAGUUCUGCGUAGCCUGGAUAUACGAGCUUGUAUUGCGACCGACCCGCCGGCCGUCUCUAGAUAUACCACUGCCUUGC